GACCUCAUUAAUCACAAAAACCCAGCAUUCCAAUUUCCCAAUUGUCUGUCACUCACUCUCACAGCAACUCAACACUUGGCAGAAACAUACAGAUCAAUUAAUCAAAUUGUACCAAUCUCUCUUCAUAAAGUAAAAGGACAGAGAGAUGGCCAGACUCAGCCGAGCAGCAGAAGAAGAAGAAGGUGACUUGUUACUGCCGGUGGGGUUCAGAUUUCGGCCCACAGAUGAAGAGCUGGUGAACUACUAUUUGAAGAAUAAGCUGGAGGGCAUGCAUUCCCAUGCCGAAAACAUCAUUGAUGAAAUUGAUAUCCUCAAGUUCGAGCCUUGGGAUUUACCUGACAAAUCGUUGAUAAAGUCGGACGAUGAGAAUUGGUUCUUCUUCUACAAAUACAAAAAGGGAAGUAGGGCCACAAAGGAAGGCUUUUGGAAGAUCACAAGCAAAGAUCGUGUGAUCAAGGCUCGCGACAACAGAACUGUCAUCGCCAAAAAGAGGAUUCUGACCUUUUACAUAGGUCGCGUUCGUGAGUCCACGAAGACCAACUGGGUCAUUCAUGAGUAUUAUAUCCCUGAUGAUGCCCAUCCCAAUGCUAAUAAGCAGAGGGACUUCGUUCUCUGUCGCUUAAAGAAAAAUGUGAAAAAAUCAGAUGAGAAUGCUGAUGUUGCAACCUGUGAUGAAGGUGAACCUAGUACUCACAAUGCAUCUGCUUUUGAAAAUCAACCAGUACAUAGCAUGGAGAGUCUAGAGGAAGAUAUUCAACAACGAGAAAAUCCGGACUACUUUGAGCGGACAAUGGAUCGUUGGCUUGCAAGUUCCCGUAGCAAUAAUGAUCACAAUGCGACAUUUGCAGAUAAUGACUCGGAGUCUGAAUUUGAAGAGGCCUUAAGAACGUUAAUCCCAAAACCAGUCCAUGCACGGGUGGUGGGUUUGCAAGGUCGUACAUAUACUUCAAGUCCGCCCAUGCGAGAUACAGAGGUUAUACUUCAUAACCAGUUAUCCAGACCGGCUGCUUCCCCUGUCCAUGUAGCACCUAAACCUCAGACGUCUGAGCUUCAACUACAGUCUGGCACAUCUGAAGGAACACACAGACCACAACCAAGAUCCAUCAAUGUCUUAAGGGAUACUUCCGCUGUCAAUGUAGAUGCAUUUAACGUUUCCAUUAAUUGUAUACAAUUAGCGACUGACGACGAAUAUUAUACAAAGGAAAGAACACGAAGAAGAAGAUAUCCACCAGUGGGCAAAUUGAGAGAAAUAAAACUACAGCAAAGCAAGGCCAAAGAACCUGAAGAACGUAGAACUUCUGUUGAUUUGCCCCAGAAGCAGAUCUCUAUAACAAAGUCUAGCAUAGACAGGAAGGUAGCUCAAGGCAAAAAUGCAGAAAAGGAUGUGGAGCAGACACAGAAUAGAACAACCCCCAGCAAUUGGAAGGGCUCCUUCAUUACCUGGCAAACAUUCCCUUUGACAAGUCCCCCAUCAGUCUACAUUUGCAACACGGUUCUAGGCGCGAUUUUGUUCUAUUUUUGUGUCCGGGAAGUAGUUUUAUAUGGGAAGUGGUGCUAAACUCACUGACCAAGAAAUACUUCAUUCUUGUUCUCUAUAUUCUAUAACGCAUUGAGUAAUGCCAGUCUUACUGGCUACUUUCCGUUUGCUAUAAAAGUAUGGGCUAAUGUCAGCCAUGGCCUUGCAGUGA